GAUACCAUGCGACAAGGAACGAAAUGCAAAUGGCAUUUUUGUUUCCUUUCUUCACAGCAACAACAAACCAAACAGAAAAUCCUUAAUCCUGCAAAUCUCAGAAAUGCAGAUCAGAGAUUAUAACAACAAACCAACAUUCGAUCAGAUCAUUGUAGCCUCUUCCAUUGGGUUCAUAAUAGCAGCAGCAGUGCAUUUUCGUCUCAAGCUGGUAAGAGAUCGGAAGAUAAUUCCUCGUUUAAAACCCAAGGGAGCUGGCAGAGCAGAGAAGCUUGAAAGGUUCUCCCAUUAUGUAGCUAGACAAAUGGGAUUUGCAGAUAGGAGAGAAUGUCCACAGCUCUGUAAGUUAGCUGCAGAAUAUAUUCAAAAGAGCGAAGGGUUUGAAGAAGAUGUUUAUGCAUAUUUUGCAGAUGAAGUUGAAGCUGAUUCGCUUUUUGUAAAACUUCUUGAGGAGUUCGAGAGAUGCAUUCUUAGCUAUUUUGCAUUCCAUUGGAGCCAUGCUGAUCUCAUCAUGCAUCAGGUGUUGAGUGCUGAUGAACCCAAAAAGAAGUUCAAAAACAUUGUGAUGGCAGCAACAAGGGAACAGCGAUUCGAGAGAGUGACAAAAAAUCUCAAGGUAGCUAGGGUGUUCAAUACCUUGGUGGAGGAAAUGAAAGCAAUGGGACUAGCAUCACUUGAUGACUCACAAUGUACAGAGGUUAUGGCUCCAGUGGCACACUCUGAUAGAAGUCCAGUCCUCCUCUUCAUGGGUGGUGGGAUGGGUGCUGGGAAGAGCACUGUUCUUAAGGAGAUUCUGAAAGAAACAUUCUGGGCAGGAGCAGCAGCAAAUGCAGUGAUUAUUGAGGCAGAUGCCUUCAAAGAAUCAGAUGUCAUAUACAGAGCCCUUAGCUCCAGAGGACAUGUUGACAUGAUCCAAACAGCUGAAUUGGUACACCAAUCUUCCACGGACGCUGCAUCUUCUCUCCUGGUGACAGCACUGAAUGAAGGGCGGGAUGUCAUCAUGGAUGGCACACUCUCCUGGGUACCAUUUGUUGUGCAGACAAUAACAAUGGCCAGAAAUGUCCACCGCCGACGUUAUCGCAUGGGAGCUGGUUACAAGGUAGGCAGUGAUGGAACUGUAACUGAGAACUACUGGGAGCAAAUGGAUGAAGAAGAACCACUGCAAGCUGGCAGCAAAAGGAGAAAACCAUAUAGGAUAGAGCUGGUUGGUGUUGUUUGUGAUGCUUAUUUAGCUGUAGUCAGAGGCAUAAGGAGAGCUAUAAUGUGCAGAAGAGCAGUAAGGGUUAGGUCACAACUGAAAUCCCACAAGAGAUUUGCAAAUGCAUUUCUAACAUACUGCCAAUUGGUUGACAAUGCCAGGCUAUAUGGCACCAAUGCUUUGGAUGGCCCACCAAAGUUGAUAGGAUGGAAAGAACGAGACAAGACUCUGCUGGUUGAUCCUGAUGAAAUAGACUGUCUGAAAUGGGUGAGCAGAUUGAACGAGGAAGCAGAUUCAAUAUAUGAGCUUUACAAGUCCCCUAACCCAGCUAAGGCAGCUGGUUCGAUUUGGAAAGACAUAGUUUUGUCACCAUCAAGGAUAAAUAUUCAGAAGGAGUUGAAGUAUUGCAUCCAAAAAGUUGAACGAUCAAAGUUAUAAACGAAUUUUCAGGACAACUUAAGUUCUAAGCUUUCCAAGAUUCAUAAAACAAACGAUCAAGGCAGAAGCAGGCAUCUGAUUUUUUACCACAUCUGACAAAAGGAAUAUCACAACAGGGUUUGUACUGAAUAUGAUUGGUCUUAUAUAUGUAAUAUUCAUCCCUAAUUCCACCUAGAAUUAUAUUUACUAGCAAAUUUAUUGAAAUGCAAAAACUCAACCGAGGCUAUCUCACACAAUCACUUUAGAGAUCUUCAAUAUUGAAAUUCUGGUGUGGUUUCACAGAA